AUGGUUCGAUUAACAGACAUUCCAAAUGAGAUCAUUGAACAUAUUCUCACUUUUGUAUCCGAUAUCAACCACUCCACCAUCUUCAGCGUUGCUCUAGUCAACAAGCACCUCAGUCAGGUUGUACGUCCACUUCGAGUCCGUCAUUGGAGCGACGAUGGUUACUACGGCUACCACAAUGGCGGCUCACCCUGUUUGCCCAUCUCGCGACUGGCAUUAGAACUCUUCAGACGGCCUGAGCUUCGCCCGCGAGUCAAAAGUCUCAACUUCACAUUUUUCCAGAGCCCCACAGACUUAGACCCGGGUCGCGUGCGAUUGAGCCCCGAAAACCUUGAACUGCUUGCGGUUGCCGCCGAGGAGAUUCUCCCGGAUUUUGUGAGAACUAGUAAACUGUGCGAGAAUAUAUUGGGGCGCUGGGAUGAUGCCCUAGCUGUUCUUGUCAUUACCUGGGCUACAAAUUUGACCAGCCUCGGAAUAUCGGUACCGUUCUUCGAACCUGGCAGUGACGUUGGCACAGAUCAGGAACCGAAGGACGAGUUUCUCGUUCUGCGCUAUGCCAAACAACUCGCAUUGCAGUUCAACGAAAAAGGCUCCAGACCAAGCACGCCUUUGCCGUUGGCAAAACUACAUUAUCUAGAGUUUCGGCACUGGGACACCGAGAACGAUGUUGAUGUAAGAUAUUUGACACCGUUCUUAUAUCUGCCGAAUCUCAAGAGCCUCAAAACAUACAGAACAGGCGACGAAGGAUAUGAUGAGCCAGAUGAGCGCACAAGAACCCGAAUAGAAAACACAUACAUAAUGCCUUUUCCGGUUGGCACAUCGUCUAUCGAAACGAUGGUGUGUGAAGAGUCCACGUCAACAAGUGAUGGGCUAUCGUCUCUCAUGCGUGCCUGUCGGGGCUUACGGGUCUUUCACCUGGACUUUUCGGAGGUUCUUAUUGACAACGCGCGGAGCUCCAAGCAGCUGGCUCGUGAUCUUCUGCAUCACGCAUCAACGAUCGAGGAGCUGAAUCUCCCGCUUGACGAUACGUGUGAUCUCGCUCUCCACGAGGAACCUUCUGACGACGGAAUCAGCCUAGAAGAAUCCUACAAGCAUCUCAAAAAGCUUAAAAGAUUUACUGUUCCCAUGCUAGAUCUAUUUCACGGGAGCCAAGGCGGUAACGGUUUAAACGGUAAAAUCAUUACAAGUCUCGUGCCGGAGUCUGUUGAAUAUCUCAAGUUAAUAAACUCGUUGAUAUGUUGCAACUGGCAAUCUAGGAAGGACGAAGCUCAGCAGUGUGCGGCUGGAAUGCUGACACUUCUUGAGGAGACAGGACCGGAUGGGCGAUUAUGCAAGUUGAGGACUUUGGACCUUUCAUUUGGGAUGCUGAACGAUCCUGACAUGGAGGAUAUUGUCAAGGCCAAGUCACUGGCUGAAGUUAAUGGAGUCAUGCUUAUACUUCAGCCGUUCCCGCCUCAUCCUCAUGAUAUUAUUCAUGGGGCUUGGACCUGUCAAUAG